AUGAUUCAACAUGGUGCGAGGGUCUGCAGUUCUCCGCAGAUGUUGACAAAACCACGAGAUAUAGAAUUGGUCAAGACUCAGAGAGUCAGGCGAGAGCUCUGCCAGUUGCAGCAGCAAAUGGAGUCCAUGAUUGCCGCUUUGCAGGAACAGGCCCUAUGGACUGAUAUUCAGCGGCUAUUGGACCAGGCACAUGCAGAGCUGGUAUCAGUGACCACUCGAUUUGUACCACGACCGGGGUCCUCCAGAACAGAUGACUGGCAUCCUAUUUUCCAGGUUCCGGGGUAA